AUGUUCAGCAAAACCAUUGUAGCAGUCAUCCUGCUGUUUGGAGGUGUUCAAUCCCACCGGCACCAUGGAUUCCACAGCCACAGCGAAAUGCGACGCUCGUUCAUCCAUAACGCAAGGGCAGAUGGAGAAGCAGCGAGAGGAGGAUCAGACAACGUUUUCGUGAAAAUUUCUCACGACCGACCAAUUCUAGUUCCGUCGAGAGCAGAUCACCCACAGAAACCUGUCGGAGUCGAUAACAACGACAACCCCAUCCAAACCAACAAGUUCUACGCCAACUUCUUUGCCAACAACCAAGACAACGCGACAUGGACUCACCCUUACUCCGUCUGGUGGUCUAACGAUACCGUCAAACAGGGCCACGGCUUGUCUAUCUCCCAUACGGAUCGGCGCAACUUUAUCUACGGGCCUGGCGAGCCCGUCCAGUCUUUCGAGGAUCCAUUCUUUGACCAAUCUAUUGCGCUUUCGGCGCGGGAGCUGCAGAAUGGAACGGUUUUGACUACGGACACAUUGACAGCAUUCUCCGCCAAUGUCAACCUUGCGACAAGAAAAGGCGCCAAACCGAUUGUCUCGUUUCCCGUAGUUCAGGGCAUGGCUUUCGUCACAGGUAUUUACAACGACGCCACCGUUCUCAUUCAGUCUCAAAAGCACUUUUCAAACAUCACCGACCUUCGUCUGAGUUCCAAUGGACUUGGAGCCACAGUGUAUGGGUGGGAUGCGCGGUUAGGCGAUGGAUCAAGCUGGUUGAUUUACAUCAACCCAACUUCCAUGUCUGAGAGACCAAAUCUUCGGAUGACUGAUAAAGGAACCAUUUUGGGACCAAAGCAGUUCACGGGAACUGUCCAAGUCGCCAAGAAUCCAGCAGGUAAAGCCGGUAUCGACAUCUUUAGCAAGGCUGCUGGAGCGUAUCCAGUUGGCGCCACGCUGUCGGGCUCUGUCUCCGGCAAGACUGGAACUUACACCUUGGCGUGGGAAAAGAAGGGGAUAAAGGAACGGUCACUUCUCAUGUUUGCUCUGCCGCAUCACGUCAAGUCAUUUGACCAAAAGACAGCCAGGGGUCUGACGAACAUCACCUUGGCGAGUACGACCAAGGGAAUUGCCACGGCUACGCUUGCGGACGAGUUCACCAUGGUGGAGCCCGAGCUCCCGACGGAUAUGGGUUUCGACCCUUGGUCGCCUCGUCUUGGAUCAGUGGGGUCCGCGGGCUCAGCGGCAAUCGUUUCCGAAGACGCCAAAGCCGCAAUCAUUAAUGCAGCAAAGAUCGAGCUUGCUCGGGACAUUACAACCCUGACCAACUUGACGUCCAAGUAUUACGCCGGAAUCGCCUUUUCGGUUUACGCCAGGGCGAUUUAUGCUGUCAACAACAUUGCCGGAGAUACUUCAUUCACAGCCAGCUCACUCACCAAGCUUGAGGCUGCGUUUGAUCGGUAUGUCAAUAACCAGGAGCCGAACCCCCUAUUCUACGAUGACGUGUGGAAAGGCCUGGUCUCUUCUGGGUCGUACGGCAACAACGACUCUUCGAUUGACUUUGGUAACACGUAUUACAACGAUCACAACUUCCACUACGGCUACUAUGUGUAUGCUGCUGCAAUCAUUGCCCACUUCAACCCCUCUUGGUUGACAAAGAAUGACGGCCUCAACAAAAUUUGGGUCAACAAUUUGAUUCGUGACUGGUCCAACCCAUCUACCGAAGACCCUUUCUUUCCCUUCUCACGAAACUUCGACUGGUUUCAUGGCCAUAGCUGGGCCAGAGGUGUACUCGAAGCACCGGAUGGCAAGGAUCAGGAGUCCUCAGCGGAGGAUGCUUUCUCGACGUACGCGAUCAAGAUGUGGGGCAAGGUAAUUAUCGGAUUGGAAGUCUAA